AUGUGCCCCGGGGAACCACCCCUAACCGAACACAACCUCGGCUCGCAAGAAGGCAAGGUCUUCAUCGUAACGGGCGCGAGCACCGGCCUCGGGAAAGAGCUCGCAAAGAUUCUCUUCUCGAAGCACGCAAAAGUCUACAUCGCCGCGCGGUCCGCGACAAAAGCGCAAGCCGCCAUCACCGAGAUUCGGACCCUGUACCCGGCGUCGAAGGGUGAUCUCGUCUACCUCUUCCUCGACCUCAGCGACCUAUCCACAAUCAAGAAGAGCGCCCAGUCCUUUCUCUCCCGGGAAAGCCGUCUCGAUGUCCUCUUCAAUAACGCUGGUGUGAUGGUCCCUCCCGCAGGCUCCGUGACUGCGCAGGGAUGGGAGCUGCAACUUGGCACGAAUGUCCUGGGCACAUUUCUACUUACACGCUGUCUUAAUCAGAUUCUGGUGGAAACGGUCAAGACGGGUGUCGCCGAAAAGAACUCGGUGCGCGUCGUAUGGGUGUCGUCGGCAGCGGCGGACGGCGCGCCAAAGCCCGCGAUAGACUUCGAUAACAUAAAUUAUGAGAAGCGUGAGGAAGGCCAGUGGCAGAAGUACGAGCGCAGCAAGGCGGGCAACAUCAUACAUGCAUGCGAGGCUGCUAGGCAGAGUGAGCGGAGCGGCGGUGGUGUAUUCCAUGUAUCGCUUCAUCCAGGUUUAUUCCCGACAGACUUGCAGCGCACAAUGCCCGGUUGGCAAGCUUCCCUUGUGAAGAUGAUGGGUAAAGAGCCCAAGUAUGGCGCAUAUACACAAUUAUACGCCGGACUGGACCCCAAUAUUGCGAACGGUUCCUUUGUCGGUCCGUAUGGAAAAUUGCUCAAGGCUCGAAGUGAUUUGUGUGAGAAGGCGCUGGGGCAAAAGUACUGGGAAUGGGCUGAGAAACAGGUAGAGCCGUUCCUAUGA